AUGGGUAAAGAGAAGAGUCACAUCAACAUUGUGGUCAUUGGCCAUGUCGACUCUGGAAAGUCUACCACCACUGGUCACUUGAUCUACAAGCUUGGAGGUAUUGACAAGCGUGUCAUUGAGAGGUUCGAGAAGGAAGCUGCUGAGAUGAACAAGAGGUCAUUCAAGUAUGCUUGGGUGCUUGACAAGCUCAAGGCAGAGCGUGAGCGUGGUAUCACCAUUGAUAUUGCCUUGUGGAAGUUCGAGACUACUAAAUACUACUGCACUGUCAUUGAUGCUCCUGGACAUCGUGACUUUAUCAAAAACAUGAUCACUGGAACUUCACAGGCCGAUUGCGCUGUGCUCAUCAUUGAUUCCACCACUGGUGGUUUUGAAGCUGGUAUUUCCAAGGAUGGGCAGACCCGUGAGCAUGCUCUCCUUGCCUUCACCCUUGGUGUCAAGCAAAUGAUCUGCUGCUGUAACAAGAUGGAUGCAACCACUCCAAAAUACUCCAAGGCAAGGUAUGAUGAAAUUAUCAAGGAAGUUUCAUCUUACUUGAAGAAGGUCGGUUACAACCCUGACAAGAUUCCCUUUGUCCCCAUCUCUGGAUUUGAGGGUGAUAACAUGAUUGAGAGGUCCACAAACCUUGACUGGUACAAGGGCCCAACCCUCCUGGAGGCACUCGACCAGAUCCAGGAGCCCAAGAGGCCCUCAGACAAGCCCCUGCGUCUUCCGCUUCAAGACGUGUACAAGAUUGGUGGUAUUGGAACUGUCCCAGUGGGUCGUGUUGAAACUGGUGUGAUCAAGCCUGGUAUGGUUGUGACUUUCGGUCCAACUGGACUGACUACUGAAGUUAAGUCGGUUGAGAUGCACCAUGAAGCUCUCCAGGAGGCUCUUCCUGGUGACAAUGUCGGGUUCAACGUUAAGAAUGUUGCUGUGAAGGAUCUUAAGCGUGGUUAUGUUGCCUCAAACUCCAAGGACGACCCUGCCAGGGAGGCUGCCAACUUCACCUCACAGGUUAUCAUCAUGAACCAUCCUGGGCAGAUUGGAAAUGGUUAUGCCCCUGUUCUCGACUGCCACACCUCUCACAUUGCUGUCAAGUUUGCUGAGCUUCUCACCAAGGUUGACAGACGAUCUGGCAAGGAGCUUGAGCAAGAGCCAAAAUUCUUGAAGAACGGCGAUGCUGGUUUCGUUAAGAUGAUUCCCACAAAGCCCAUGGUGGUUGAGACUUUCUCAACGUAUCCUCCACUUGGUCGAUUUGCUGUGAGGGAUAUGCGCCAGACUGUUGCUGUUGGAGUCAUCAAGAGCGUUGAGAAGAAAGACCCCAGCGGUGCUAAGGUUACCAAAUCUGCAGCGAAGAAGGGUGGCAAGUGA